AUGAAGCUGCUCAUCAUCUUUGCCUGCCUGCUGGGCCUUGUGCUAUGCCACGAGAUACUCUAUACGCCCGGCUAUACCAGCUACUACACCUCGCCCGGCUUAGCCUAUGCACGCCACACUGGCGCCGUCCUGCCUCUGGCCUACACCCGGCUGAUCCAACCGGCCAGCCAGUCGCAUGUGUACCACAGCGUGGAGACGCCCAACUCCUAUCAGCAGCAGUAUCGCAGCGACUACAAGCCCCUGACCUAUGAGUAUCUGUUCUAG